AUGGCCCCUGCAACGGAAGAUGCGCUGACCAAACAGUCCACGGACGCGGCGACUGAAUUCGUCAACUCAUUCUACCCAGCCCUCCAGUCCAAUCGCGCCACUAUCGCCUCCUUCUACAGUCCCCAGGCAUCCACCAUCCUCUUCAAUGGAAACGUUGUCGCCGACGGACCCGCCGUUCAAGAGAUUUUCGUCAACCAGAUGACCCCAACCCACUACGAGGUGCAAUCCUUCGACUGCCAGAUCAUCAACCGCGCCUACCCUACCCCGACUGCCACGGGCUUCAAGACCCCAGCGGAGGCCACCGUCAAGGACAUCUCCAUUCUGGUAAUCGUUAGUGGAUUCGUCCGCUUCGGCGAGUCGCGGGAUCUACCGCAGCGCGGAUUCAGCGAGACAUUCGUACUGGUCCCGAACCCCACCGCCGACGGACCGAAGGGCAAGCGCCGGCGCGAAUGGCUCAUUCUGACGCAGAACUUCCGGCUGGUCGUCUAG